GUGUGUGUGAGGCAGACAGACAGAGGUGGUCGGAGUGGGUGGGCGCGGCUGCCUCGCGCUCUAUAAAAUGCCCCGCAGCCGCUCGCGCUCACACACACACACGCACACACGCACGCGCGCACACACACGCACACUCGCGCACACACACGCACACUCGCGCACACGCACACGCACACACACACACUCAGAACUCUAAUCCCAGUGCGCGCACACGGAGAGAAUGAGGAUGAGCGCGUGCGACACGCCGCCGCGGGCAGCCAUGAGACUCCGCAUGUUCUUUGUCGUGUCCUUCGCCUGGGCUUACCACGAAACUCCCAGGUACGAGCACCAUGACCCAGUGACCUCGGAGCUCCUGCUGUGUGAUCAGUGUCCUCCAGGCACAGCGGUGGAGCGUCACUGCACGUCGGACUCGGUCACCGUGUGUUCUCCGUGUCCGGAGCGGCGCUUUGCCGAGCAGUGGCACUGGGGCGAGAGCUGCCAGCACUGCACCCCCGUCUGCAAGGAGAGACAGUUCGUCAAGAGGGAGUGUAACGCCACACACAACCGUCUGUGCGAGUGUGUGCCGGGAUACCACCUCUCCGUGGAGUUCUGCGUACCACACAGCGUCUGUCCGCCGGGAUACGGAGUCUCCGCACUCGGUACGUCUGACAGUGAUACGGUGUGUGAGAAGUGUCCACGGGGCUUUUUCUCCAGAGUGGCGUCGGCCAGCGGGCCCUGCGUUCCUCACCGCAACUGCUCACAGCUGGGCAUGAAGACGCGGAACCCCGGUACUGCAACUCAGGACACUGUGUGUGACAGAGAACCCACCAUCGACUGCACUCGCAAACACACCGACUGCCACGCUGACAUCACCCUGUGUGAGGAGGCCAUGUUCCAGUUCCUGUUAUCUCCUCCUCUUGCCUCUGUAGAUCUUCUGCUGGAGAGCCUUCCUGGCCGUAAAGUGGACAAGAAGAGCGUGGAGCCGCUGAAGAAGAAGUGCAGCCCCGAGCAGCAGGCCCUGUAUCUCCUGCGGCUUUGGAGAGAACAGAACAAAGACCAAGGGAAGCUCUACAGCAUCAUACAAGGUUUGAACCACUGUGAGAGGAAGGUGUCUCGGUGUGCUGGUCUGAAGAACGUGACGCUGGAGGAUCUGCUGGUGCUGAUGGACAGUCUGCCCGGUGAGAAGGUGAGCGAGGAGGCAGUACGGGCGCUGGCGCUGUCCUGCCCCACGCACCGCCACGUGGCACAGUUACUGCACCUGUGGAAGAGCCAGAACACCGGCCGGGACCUGGCCAAAGCUCUGAAUCACAGCGUGCGGCAGCUACGCUCUCGGAACGCACCGAAGACGCUGCUGCGUGCAAUCAAGCGCAUCAGCCGUGUCAUCACCGCCUCCACACACCGACCGUACGAAAAGAUCCUCACCGGCGCGCUCCGAGACGCCUCGUGCUUCAAAACCAAACCGUAUAAUGACUGAAACCUGGAGGUGGCACGACACAAGGCCGGGCCUGAAGGUCACACGAAGGACAGACGAAGAGAAGACUUAUUUAACUGAGUUGUACAUAAUCUUUGGGCAGAAACUGCGAUGACGGCACGGGGUGGGAUCGGGUUUGGGAGUUUUCGCUACGCUACACGAGACGAGAGAAGAAAAUAUUUUUGUGGCCUGUUUUUUUCCUAUUCUGUUGUUGGACUGCUUUUACUGAAGCUGUAAAAAAAAUAAGGAAUGUCGGUUAUGAAUGUACAGUAAAAAUGGAGUGCAAUUAUGUUUUAUUUAAUUGUAAUCUUGUGUGUUCAGGUUUGUGUGUUAUCCAAAUUUGCUUCAAAUGUUUCUAUUUAUCAAUAUUUGUCAGAAAAACUGGACUCUUGAAGCUACAUUUAUGUAUAUUACAUGCAAGAUGUCAUUUUUUUAACUUUUUUUUAAAUAUUUGUGGCUUUUGUUUUUACAUAAAUUGUUUUUACUUUGCAUUACCGGUUUUUAAAGUGUGGUUGUUUGAAUUUAAAAUAAUCAUAUAUGAGUGCCACUAUUCCUACAGCCUGACUUAAAUAUAGUGUUGUGUUUCCAAAGCCGUGUCAUGUUUUCAUGCUGCACGUUUUACCGCGUAUUGAAUAUUUAUGGGCUUGUCGUUGCUGUGAUGUUGGUUGCCUGCGGCUGACGCUGUCACGGAGAGAAAUCCUCUCAUUUUUCAUCGUUACAGCCGGGAAACUCCCUCAUAUUUCUCCUCGCCUUCUCUUCACCUUUGCUGUAUUUACUGUAUAAACCAAAUGUAAAUAUGUGCCUAUAUAUAGAGUUUUGUAUGAAUGAAGGCUUCUUGUUAACGCUGUUCCUCCCUACAUCAUUUUCUGAAAGUCACAUGAAAGAAGAAGGUCACCGAAACUCUCCUAAUAUGGCUGCAAGUGUCCCCGUGUGAAAUUAUAUGAAAAAGCGGAACAUGAUGGUCUAAACAGGGCUUUUUUUUUUGUCAUAUGCUUGUAAAUCUGAUCUGCUGACCUGAAACCUCAUGUAAUAUCAAACAUUUAUUCCAAAAGAGGAACCUGGUUUUUCAGGAUGGGGACAAAAGCAUCACUUCCACUCGUCAGAGUAAGUAAGCAGUGAGACGACUCAGCGUGACUCACCAUAACGCUUUCUGUUUCAUGAAUAGCAAUGAGCAGAGCCCAGGCUUCAACGCUCUUUUUUUUUCAGGCGUGAACAUGUCAGGAAGACUGUGAUCGUGAGAGAAAAGAUUAAGAAGAUGGCUAAACAGGCUGCGACUUGUAGCAUAAGCCAUCCAAUUCAAAUCCUUUUGAACUUAUUUUGAAUUACAUCCUGUAGAUAAUAUCCUAAGGAGAUCUUCCCACACCUUCAAAGCUCUGCAGGACGUCUGGUGCACGCCGUCUGCUUCCGUCUUCCCAGUGCUGGCUUUACUGGACGUCUCCUCCCUGUGUGUCCUGUAUGCUGUAAACGGUUUUCCCCACUAUAAUUCCAGUGAUGAGACAAACCUUGGAUAAUCACAGGUCUAAGUGGUCAAGUAUAUUCUCUCGAGCCGCCAUGAUAAUACACUCAGGUAAAUAUCUCCCCAGCUCUGUCCACACAGCUGCUCCUGGCCUGCGUUUUGUUUGUGCUCGGACCUGGACCGGACACGAAAAAGGGCUUCUCCAAACAAACAAAGGACUCUGAGCAAGGUAGAACCCAUCAUUGCUCACGUUGUAUCAUUUGUCCACCUUGCAAUUACGUUGUAAGACUUGGUUUCAGGGGUCAGGACCUUGCGCAAGGCAGAAAAGUUCUUUGUUGUGUCUCACUGUGUUCACUUUGUUCAGAAAGCCCUGAAGAGAAGGACUUGUCUAAACAAACUCAGCUUUCUCAGGAACUUGUCCACUGCUGCUCAACAAAAAAUUUUAAGAUUUGGAUCCAAGUUUUGGUUCAUGCUGCUGGUGAUACACUGAAUUGACACUAAUUCAUCGCAGCAGCACUUCUGGUGUGUCAUAUUUACCAUGAAAUAAGGCUUGCAGAAGAAAACCUUGUGUCGGGAAUCAAAGCAUCCUCUCCAAACAGACAAUUUGUUGCUAGAUGUGCUUUUUUAACUCUUGGUUAAGAAGAUGCAUCAUAGCAAGUUUGCUCAAGGGCUAGCACCUACUGUAGUACUAUAGGUACAGACCUAUCAACUAGCAAUAUUGCUUAGCAGCACAGGCUGCUUAGCAACCAUUAUUGCUGUAUAUACUAUCAUGGUUUUUAUGGUUAGUGUAAAAGGUGCUCUAAUUCCGCUUUAGGUAAGAGCUGAUGACCUCUCAGGUCAUGAAAAGAGAACUUCUACAUCAAGUGACUGAAACUCAGAGAUGCUAUUGCAUCCAUUCCAUUAUGUCUGGUCUUUAAAAAAAGAAAAGGGAAAAAAAGCUGACCUUUAUUCAGACCUUUUAUUCAUUUCCUCUAAUAUGAUGUGCUCUGAUGCACUGGACUGUCUCUAAGGAAGUUUAUUCCCUUCAUUAUAAAAACCUCUUUGUUCCACGGUUACCACUGGGAAGUAAAGAUGACCUUUACAUGCGUGUUAUCUCUCAGGGGAUGUGUGUGUCAGGGUGUGUGUGUGUGGAUGUGAGAAUGCUCACGUCUGAAUCUCUCCUAUCAGCUACUUUGUGGAUAACCGUCAGUGGUCCAAGUGUGACGUAGAAGUUUAGAGCUAAAAAUGGAUUGGAAAAAGGAAGCUGUCUGCGGUACAACCACAGCUAUUUGCUUCUCAAAUCACACUGACGUCCUGAUUCAACUUUAAAAAAACUUGAGCUGAUGGAUAGUGAUACAUAAAUCAGAGAUUGUAACAGAAGAUAAAUGACUUAUUUGUAAUAUUUAAAUACAUAAAUGUUUCCUUGAAAAUGAGGUAAAUAUUUGAUCAAAUAUACACUAUAUAGGCAAAAGUAUGUGCACCCCCGACCAUCUUCUUCCCCAAACUGUUUUCACAAAGUCUGUAGCAUUACAGUUUCCCUUCACUGGAACUAAGAGACUCAAACCUGUUCCAGCAUGACAAUGCCCCUGUGCACAAAGCGAGCUCCAUGAAGACAUGGUGUGUGAAGGUUGGAGUGGAAGAACUCGAGUGUCCUGCACAGAGCCCUGACCUCAACCCCACUGAACACCUUUGGGAUGAACUGGAACACCGACUGAACCCCAGACCUCCUCGACAUCCCAACAUCAGCGCCUGACCUCACUAAUGCUCUUGUAGCUGAAUGAACACAAAUCCCCACAGCCACGCUCCAACAUCUAGUGGAAAGCUUCCCAGAAGAGUGGAGCUCAUUAUAACAGCAAACACACGGGGAAUAAAUCUGGAAUGGGAUGUUCAACAAGCACAUAUGGGUGCCCUGGUCAGGGGUGCACAUACUUUUGGCCACAUAAUGUAGAUAAAAUUCUUAUUAAUUACCUAAGACAGAAGUAUUGUACCCAUUUCAUAUUGAUUUAUUGUUUUUUUAAUAGGUCAGCUUUCAGUUGAACUGUCAAACGCCCAUUCAUUAGUUCCAAUUUCCCAUCACAUCUUCACAUCAACAAACUUCUAAAAAUCUGAUGACAGCAAGCAAUCUGAGAAACUUCCUAGAACCCAAGCCACAAACUGUAAGCACUCAGAGGUAAUAAAUGUCAUGGACUUCUCACUGGAUCAGAAAUAUAAUAUAUACAAGAACCAACACCACCAAAAGGUUUAGUGAAAAGAUAAAAAGCUUACACAAAGUAAAAGCUAACACAAAGUCCAAUCUCAGAUUUAAAAAAAGAAGUAGAAAAUCUAAAUAAUGAGCCAUUUUAUUAAAUUUUAUAGAGUUAUUAGAAAACCCCGCCCACUCAGCUUUAACCGUUUGUUACUGAGACUGUGUUAGGGAAGAGAUGACAUGUUUUCAUGUCCAAACCAACUGAUGAAGAUAUCAUGCAUCAUCAAUUUCACGAUUUCCAGGAAAAAGCAAAAACAUGAUUCGUUCUGCUUGGGAACUAAAAAGUCUUGUUCCAGCAGAACAACGAUGGUCCAGAUCACCAUGAAAAUGACUCACAAACCACAAAAUCCAUCCUUCGUGCAUCCCUUUAUUCCCACCACAGCCCAGAACAGAGACUUGGAAUUCUGAAGACGUUUAGUGUGGAGUAGAGAUCUCUGAUACGUUAGUGUGUCCUUUCAACGUCUCAAACCUUUUAGAAGAUCUACAUCAAACAUAUGCCUUCCACAGCUCUGUGAGAGUACAGUGUGAGUACAGUGUGAGUAUAGCGUGAGUAUAUUGUGUGAGUACAGUGUGAGUACAGUGUGAGUAUAGCGUGAAGGUUGUGUGAGUAUAGUGU